GGAUCGCUGCUCGCAGGCUCUCUGCCCCCGCUCCCUCCCCACGCCGGAUCGCAGGGGAGGAGCAGCCAGCCGGCAGCCGCCGCCAGAGGCGGAUCACAAACUUGCUCCUUUGCAAAGGCUCCGGAGAAGAGAGCAGCAGCCGCAGACAGACAUCUUAGAAAGGGAGAGAGGAGAGGGGAGGUUUCCGGGGAAAACAGAGCCCCCCCCCUCCCGCCAGGCUCUGGAUUUAUAAACACCGCAGCAGAUGGAAGGGCAGAGACACCGAGCCGCGCGCUCCUCCUCCAGCAAUUGAUCCAGGGGAUAUUUGGGUUGGUUUCUCCCCCCCCCCCAACACACUUGCUCAUUUCCUUCCCAAACUCCCCCCGCUUCUUACUUUACGGAUCCUCGUUAUACUAGGGGAGAAGAAGGAGGAAGAUUUGAAAGAAGAAGCGAUUAGCAGAGGCACUAGGGUGACGUGGCCAACAGGCGCAUAAUGAAGAGGAGCUUUUGGAUUUCCUAGUUCUUUGAGACCAAGAUUCAAAGGAGAAGAACCUCCCAUCUGCUUCUUUGCCAUGUCUGGAUCUACUCAGCCCGUGACACAGAACUGGCGAGCCACCGAGCCGCGCUAUCCCCCUCACGCCAUGUCCUAUCCAGUUCAGAUCAGUCGGACACAUCCGGAUGUGGGUCUCUUAGAGUAUCAGCAUCAUCCCAGGGAUUACACUUCCCACCUACCACCUGGAUCUAUUUUGCAGCCACAGCGGAGGAGGCCUUCCUUGCUGUCUGAAUUCCAGCCAGGGAAUGAAAGGUCGCAGGAGUUACACCUGAGAGCCGAGCCCCACUCCUAUCUCUCUGACAUGAGUAAACAGUCGGAAAUAGAGUUCAUUGAAACAAAACGACCACGGCUAGACCUGCUGCAAGACCCACUGAUGCGGCACUCGCCUCUACUCAACCAAAAUCAGCAGGGAGGGACGGAAGAUCUCUCAAAGGAGCGAAGCCUGACAGGCAAGCUGGAACCCGUGUCUCCGGUCAGCCCCGCCCACCCUGACUCGGAGCUGGAUCUGUUACCCUCCAGACUUUCGAAGGAGGAGCUGAUCCAGAACAUGGACCGAGUGGAUCGGGAGAUCACCAUGGUGGAGCAGCAGAUCUCCAAGCUGAAAAAGAAACAGCAACAGUUGGAGGAGGAAGCAGCCAAACCACCAGAGCCUGAGAAGCCGAUCUCACCCCCACCUAUUGAGUCCAAGCAUCGCAGCUUAGUGCAGAUAAUCUAUGAUGAGAACAGGAAAAAAGCAGAAGCGGCCCACAGGAUCCUGGAAGGAUUGGGCCCCCAAGUGGAACUGCCAUUAUACAACCAGCCUUCAGACACCAGGCAGUACCAUGAAAAUAUUAAAAUAAACCAGGCAAUGCGGAAGAAGUUAAUUUUGUACUUUAAGAGGAGAAAUCAUGCUCGUAAACAGUGGGAACAGAAGUUUUGCCAGCGCUAUGACCAGCUGAUGGAAGCCUGGGAAAAGAAAGUGGAGCGCAUAGAAAAUAACCCCCGGCGCCGUGCCAAGGAGAGCAAAGUGCGGGAGUACUAUGAGAAGCAGUUCCCAGAGAUCCGGAAGCAGCGGGAACUCCAGGAGCGCAUGCAGAGGUUAGAGGAGAAGCGGGUAGGACAGAGGGGCAGCGGUCUCUCCAUGUCGGCCGCACGCAGCGAACACGAGGUGUCAGAAAUUAUCGAUGGGCUCUCGGAACAAGAGAACCUGGAGAAGCAGAUGCGCCAGCUAGCCGUCAUCCCCCCCAUGCUAUACGAUGCUGACCAGCAGCGCAUUAAAUUCAUCAACAUGAACGGCCUGAUGGAUGACCCCAUGAAGGUGUAUAAGGACCGGCAGGUGAUGAACAUGUGGAGCGAACAGGAGAAGGAGACCUUUCGGGAAAAGUUCAUGCAGCAUCCAAAGAAUUUUGGUGUGAUUGCUUCAUUUUUGGACAGGAAGACGGUGGCAGACUGCGUGCUCUAUUACUACCUGACCAAGAAGAAUGAGAACUACAAGAACCUGGUGAGGAGGAAUUAUCGACGAAGGGGGAAGAAUCAGCAGCAGCAGCAGAUGCCCCGUAGCAGCCAAGAGGAGAAGGAUGAAAAAGAGAAAGAAAAGGAGAAGGAGGCAGAGAAGGAGGAAGACAAACAGGAAGCAGAAAACGAUAAAGAAGAACUGACAAAGGAGAAGAAUGACGACACGUCUGGGGAAGAUAACGACGAGAAAGAAGCCAUCACUUCCAAAGGGCGUAAAACUGCCAACAGUCAGGGCAGGCGCAAAGGCCGCAUCACCCGUUCCAUGGCUAAUGAGGCCAACCAUGAGGAGGCGGCUGCUCCACAGCAGAACACAGAGCUGGCUUCUUUGGAGAUGAAUGAAAGUUCUCGCUGGACAGAGGAAGAAAUGGAAACGGCCAAAAAAGGUCUCCUUGAACAUGGGCGGAACUGGUCGGCCAUUGCCAGGAUGGUGGGCUCCAAGACUGUGUCACAGUGCAAAAACUUCUAUUUCAACUACAAGAAAAGACAGAACCUGGAUGAGAUCCUACAGCAGCACAAACUAAAAAUGGAGAAAGAGAGGAACGCAAGGCGGAAGAAGAAGAAAGCCCCUGCCGUUCAAAAUGAAGAAGCUGCCUUCCCUCCCACGGCAGAGGACGAGGAGAUGGAGGUAUCGGGGACAAGCGGCAACGAAGAGGAGAUGACCGAGGAGGCGGAAGCUGCAGUAAAUCACAGCUCGGAUACCGAGAGCAUUCCCUCGCCGAGGCCUGAAGCCAAAGAAAGUGGAGAGAAUGGGCCCAAGCCCACGCCUGGGCGAGACUCCGGUGCAGAACCUGCCCUCAAGGCAGAGGAUGCUGAUGCUGUUACUGCAGCUAAUCCCACUGCUACCACCACCCCGCAGCCCCAGGAGGCAGCUGCCGAGCCAGCCAGCAGUGAGGAGAAGCCGCAGGAGGAGCUGGUAGUAGACGUGGUGAAAACGGAGGAGCCAGAGGAGAAGCCCAGCGAGGAGCCCUGCAAGAGCGAAAUCAAAAAGGAGGAGAGCAAGGACUCCCCAGAGAGAGACAAGGCGAGCGAGAAGAAAACGGAGAGCGUCAGCAGCGCGGCGGGAGAAGAGGCGACGUCCAAAGCUGAGAAGAAGGAGAGUCAUAAACCAGGCAAAGCCGCCGGGCUCAACCCCGACAGCGACUCCAGCGCCACCUGCAGUGCGGAUGAGAUGGACGAGCAGGACGCCAUGGACAAAAACAGGCUGCUGUCUCCGAGGCCCAGCCUCCUCAACGCGGCCACCGAUGCCAGGCUGAACUCUUCACCUCAGAAACCAUUGGACCUGAAGCAGCUGAAGCAGAGAGCUGCUGCUAUCCCCCCCAUCAUUUCUGAGGGAUUCCCAGACGGGACGUUACAGAGUGGAAGCAUGAAGCCUCAGGUGCCUCACCACGCCUUGGCCCUCUACCAGCAGCAGAUCACUAAAGCCCAUGAAUCUGCCCGGGAUGACGUAGCCCAGAGCAAGCAGCCGCAGCAGCAGCCCACUGAGCAGGAGCAGCAGCCAAGCAGUAGCCCCAGGGGAAAGAGCAAGAGUCCAGCUGUGGGUGACAAAGAAGAAAAACCAGUGCCUUUCUCGUCCCUUGCAGAAGGACAGAAGCUAAGCGGAGAGCAGACUGCCACGUCGUGCUGGCCCCCCGUGCUGCCGUACCAAGUGUCCUCUAGGGAUGUGAUCAAAACCUCCCCACACACUGAGCCACAUGUGUUUCAGUAUAACCUGCCAGCGCACCCAAUCCCAUUAACUUUGCAUGAGAGCUCUCGGUCUGGGCUACAAAGAUUGUCCAACAUCUCCAAUCCUCCCCCUCUCAUCUCUUCCACCAAACACCCAUCUGUUCUGGAGCGGCCCAUCAGCUCCAUUUCCCAGGGGGUGCCCAUUCAGCUCCAUACUCCGUACAGCUCUGAGCAUGCAAAAGUUCCCGUUGGCUCCAUCACCAUGGGCCUGCCACUGACUAUGGAUCCUAAGAAACUGGUGCCUUUUCCUGGAGUAAAGCAGGAACAACUUUCUCCUAGAAGCCAGGCCAGCCAGCCUGAAAGUCUGGUACUGCAGACAUCCCAAGAGAGCUCCAUCCUGAGGGGGGCAUCGCUGGGCUCAACCCCAGGAGGGAGCAUCAGCAAGGGGCUCCCCGGCACCAGGCCUCGGUCGGAAUCGCCCAUUACCUAUCGGGGAUCCAUCACGCAUGGCACCCCAGCUGAAGUGCUGUAUAAAGGAACCAUUACCAGACUAAUCGGAGAAGACAGCCCCGGCAGAGCAGAGAAGGUGAGAGAGGAUGCCUUGCCCAAAGGACAUGUCAUCUACGAAGGGAAGAAGGGCCAUGUGCUCUCCUAUGAUGGUGGAGUCGGUGUUUCCCAGUGCCCCAAGGAGGACAGCAGAAGUGCUGGCGCUUCUCAUGAGACCGCUGGUACCAAACGGACCUACGAUAUGAUGGAGGGGAGGAUCAGCCGGGGUUUACCGGCUCGCGAUUUGUCAUCCACUAGCAUUGAAGGUCUAAUGGGUCGAGCGAUCCCACCCGACAGACACAGUCCCCAUAACUUAAAGGAACAGCAUCAUAUUCGGGGCUCAAUUACACAAGGAAUCCCGCGAUCCUAUGUGGAGGGCCACGAGGACUACCUCAGAAGAGAAGCCAAACAGCUCAAGAGGGAAAACACUCCCCCAAGGGACUUGUCCGACACCUACAAAGUCAGGCCUCACGAGGGCCUCGCUCCCUUGAAAAUGAAAGCAGCUCACGAAGGCCUCGUUGCCACCGUGAAGGAAGCGGGAAGAUCGAUCCACGAGAUUCCCAGGGAAGAGUUAAGGCACACGCCUGACAUCCCAGUGGCAGCAAGGCCUCUGAAGGAAGGAUCUAUCACACAGGGUACCCCGCUGAAAUACGACAACAACUCUUCCUCAGUAAGUGCCAAAAAGCAUGAUGUCCUGUCGAUCAUCGGGAGCCCAGGGAGGACUUUUCACUCUGUGCACUCGCUGGACGUCAUGCAAGACCCAAGGACUCUGGAAAGAGCAUGUUACGAGGAGAGCCUGAAAAGCAGGCCCAGCCCAGUUACAAACUCCGGAGGUUCAAUUACCAGGGGAGCCCCUGUGAUUGUCCCUGAGCCUGGAAAGCCUCGCCGUAGCCCACUUACCUAUGAGGACCACGGGGCGGCGUUCAGUAGCCAUCUGCAUCGAGGUUCUCCGGUAUCCACAAGGGAGUCGACCCCAAGGCAGCCUGAAGGGAGCAUCACGGCUGGGAAGCCGGCAUCCCAGGACAGAAAGAUCACCCCCACGACAAGAGACAUCACCAAUUCCAAGUCUCCUCACGCUACUCUAUCGGACCAUCACCAUCCCAUCUCCCCCUAUGAACAUUUACUCCGGGGAAUGAGUGGUGUCGAUUUGUACAGAGGACACAUUCCAUUGGCUUUCGACCCCGCUGCAAUUCCCAGGGGAAUUCAACUGGAAGCAGCUGCUGCUUACUAUUUGCCCAGGCAUCUUGCUCCGAGCCCGACGUACCCCCAUCUCUACCCUCCAUACCUCAUCAGAGGGUACCCAGACACUGCCGCCAUGGAGAACAGGCAGACCAUCAUCAACGACUACAUCACCUCCCAGCAGAUGCACCAGAACGCCGCUGCCACUGCUAUGGCUCAGAGGGCAGACAUGCUGCGCGGACUUUCGCCCCGAGAACCGUCGCUGGCUCUCAACUAUGCUGCAGGUCCUCGAAGGAUCAUCGACCUGUCCCAAGUGCCACACCUGCCUGUCCUCGUGCCCCCCACACCUGGCACCUCCGCCGCCUCGAUGGACCGAAUCACGUACAUCCCCAGCGCCCCCCAGACAUUUAGCAGCCGGCAUAGCAGCUCCCCGCUCUCCCCAGGAGGCCCCACGCACAUGACCAAACAGACAGGAGCAUCGGCUUCCGAACGGGAACGAGAUCGGGAGCGCGAGAAAUCCUUCCUAGCAGCCACCACUGUGGAGCAUGCACCCAUCUGGAGACCAGGGACCGAGCAAAGCAGCAGCCGUUCAGCCACUCAUUCUCACAGCCACCAGCACUCUCCCGCCUCGCCCCGCACCCACGAGACCGUCCAGCAGCGACCCAGCGUGCUGCACAACACGGGCAUGAAGGUCAUCUCGUCGGAGAGCCUCACCCCGUCGGUUCUGCGAUCCUCCUCCACCACCACCACAUCGCCUAUCCGCUCUGCAGGCUUUCCCCCAGCAUCCGCCCUGCGCUGCUCCCUCGGCGGAGUGGACAGCUACGCAGCCAUGAUGGACCCUGCUCUCCUACAGAAAGAGGCGUCCAGGGCCCGAGAAGCCAAGGUAGAACGCCCUCAGACUGACAACAACAUGUUCACCUCAAAGCUGUCCAGUGGGGCAGGCCUAGAACAGUCAUCGUCACCUAUUAAAGCCAUGGAGUCCAGGCCCUUACCAGCCUCCGGGCCAGGUUCUACCCAGCAGUAUAGCAGAGGACAGGGGAAAAACCAGCACCAUCAUCCACCCCUGGAUCAGCAGCACGCAGUCUCGGUCAAUGAGCAGCACAGUAGAGAAAAGAAUCAAAGUAAAUCCUUUUCAAUGCAGGAACAGGAGCUCCGAGCACUCGGUAAGACCACCAUGACAGCGGCCAACUUCAUAGAUGUGAUUAUCAUGCGUCAAAUUUCUUGCGAUAAGGGGAAGCGAGAAAGACGCUCGCUAAAUAACGACUCCACUAGUGAUGGGUUCCAUGGAGGCUACAGCCCUGAUGGCGUUGAAGCGGUAAGCCCGGUGAGCUCGCCCAGCGUAUCCCACGAGAAAGGGGCAAAGGUGCUGCCGGAUGUGGAGAAAGGGCACGGGGAGCACAACGUGAGACAAAAACAGCAAGCCUCCCUGAAGCUCUCUGCAGCGGAAGCCGCUCACAUGCAGCACCUGCGCCAGCUGCCCGAAGGCCAGCAAUCCCCAUGUCAGCUGCUGCAGUCGUCCCAGAACAUCAAAGGCCACCAGCAGCGGGUGGUCACGCUGGCUCAGCACAUCAGCGAGGUUAUCACGCAAGACUACACACGCCAUCAUCCUCAGCAGCUCAACUCCCACCUCCAGACCCCGGUGUACUCUUUCCCUGGGGCCACGUGUCCCGUGCUGGACCUGCGAAGGACGCCCAGUGAGGCUUACAUCCAGCCACAGGAGCACGCUCCGGCCUCCAGAAUCUCCCCACAGAGCGAGGGAGACAAGAGAUCUCCUGAGCAGAGCAAAGCGUCUGCAGGGAGUGCACCGGAUGACUGCAUUGAGCCUGUCUCGCCACCAGACGGCAUGGGAGAGUCGGAGCACGCAAGGAGCACCUCGUACCCAAUCUUGUACCGAGAGGGAGAACAGUCAGAGCAGAGAAUGGGUUCCAAAUCCCCAGGAAACAACACCCAGCCCCCAGCCUUCUUCAGCAAACUGACCGAGAGCAACUCCGCCAUGGUGAAAUCCAAGAAGCAGGAGAUCAUCAAAAAGCUCGGCACGACCAACAGGAGCGAAACGGAGUACAAUGUUGGACAGCCUGGGACAGAGAUUUUCAACAUGCCAGCAAUUACUGGAGCAGGGCUAAUCAGUUGUAGAAGCCAGUCGGUUCAAGAAAAUUCCAGUACCAACAUGGGGUUGGAGGCAAUAAUUAGGAAGGCCCUAAUGGGUAAAUAUGACGAGCAGUGGGAAGAGCGCUCGCCUCUCAGUGCCAAUGCUUUUAACUCUCUGAAUGCCAGUGCAAGCGUGCCCGCUGCUAUGCCCAUAACCGCUGCUGACGGACGGAAUGACGACAUGCGCUCCUUGCCAGGAGGAGGAGGGAAGCCAAAGAUUGCUGCCAGACCCAAUGGCCGCAAGGCCAAGUCUCCAGCGCCGGGCCUGUCCUCCGGAGAGAGACCACCGUCUGUUUCUUCCGUUCAUUCGGAGGGGGACUGUAACAGGAGGACACCGCUAACCAAUCGAGUCUGGGAGGACAGGCCUUCGUCCGCAGGUUCCACGCCAUUUCCAUACAACCCACUGACAAUGAGGCUUCCAACCGGCGUGGUCACGGCCCCGCCGCCAGCGUCCAUUCCACAAGGGAACUCCACCAGCCAGCACCACGCCUGGGAGGAGGAGCCCAAGCCGCUGCUCUGCUCCCAGUACGAAACGCUGUCAGACAGCGAAUGAACGAAAGAGAGGGAGGGAGAAGAGCGGACACGCGUGGGUAGCGAGCUGGCCAAGGUGGACUCCGACCAUAUCAGGCCAUGGCGCUGUCAGCAAAGAAACCGGAGCAGCGCUUUUCCAAUCGGUCGAUUUCUCACAUCAGGAAAUUUCUGAACCCUCUUCAGUCUAAAGCCUUAAGACAGCCACAUGGAACCCAGCCUAGUUCUCUUUCCAGCACUGGUGUCCUCACCCAGCAGCUGAGAGCCUGAGAUACAGUCUGUGAACAGCUGAUGGGAGGGGGGAGGAAGCUCCAAAGGAUGCAGUCGCUCACUGAAUCCCAGUUGUUUACUCAGGGGAGACCAGCUGGUGCUCCAGUUCUCCUCCUUAGAUUCGGUGAGAAUGAGGAAACCCAUGUUGGGAGGAGAAUGAGCGUGCUUGGGUGCGUGUGCGUAUACUAUAUGUGUGUGCGCGUGCCAAUACACACACAUAGCAUGUAUUCUCUGCCUGCACACCCGUGUUGCCUGCUGUUGAGUACUUGAAAUAGGAUUAGACUGCCCUUCCCCAGCCUCCAGGUUGCUCCGUGCGUUUAUCAGCCCAUGGGCUGCGCCACUGAUUUAUAAAAUCAAACGGGCCCCAUGUUGUUCCUCUUGGGCUGCUUGGGAUGUUCUUUUUCUUACAGGCAUCCCCUGCAUGGGAUUAACUUCCCCAGCAGUGCCUCGACAGAUCAGGCCCCGGAAAAGCUUAAACAAAUAAAAAUUACAGGGUGGGGGGAGGAAAACUAAGGAUCCAUUUUUAUAAAAAAAAAAGUCCUUCUGAGAAAGAAACCCUUGGUUUACCUUGUAAUCAGAAGACGUUCCCCAUCUUGUGGUGCAUUAAUCUGCAGAUGAAGGGACUCCAUUGCUCUAAGUGCAUUGUUUCCUGACUGGUGAGAAAAAGCAAUUGUAAAUGAUGUAUUGGUCUACAGGGUAUAUUUUUGAUACCUUCAGUGAAUUAUGUCAAGAUGUUUGACGUGAGGAAGGACUUAAAACAGUAUUACGUGCUGCUUUCAGUCUCGGCUCCUGGAAAAGAGGUUCUGUUGUUGCGUGCAAAGUUUGACGAGUUUGUCCAUUGUAUGGAAAUGUAAAAGAGGUCUCGUUGGCCCGGCCCAGUUGUCUGUACGUCAGUAGAAUGUAUUAACUUAGUUUUAAAAAAAAAAAAAAAUGUUACCACACCUGCAGGGCCUCCUCAUUCUUACAUGUACUGCUCUCAAGCCCAGAGGGGUUUUCUCCUCCUUGCAGGGGGUUACUCUCUGGCACAGAGAUCUCAAGGGAGCCUUUCCGAAGACCUUGUCGGUGGCUUUGUUUGCAGUGGGAGGGGAUUCGUGAGAAACUUAAAACGUUGGUAUUGUAUUUUUUCUGAUGCACAUGAACGCUCUGCUUUAUAUUAUUUUUCAUUCCAUGAUGUUGGAUCAUAUCUGCAGUUACACGGUUCAAGAACAAAAUAUUAGACUUUUGUUUUUCCUUCACUUCUGCUUUCUCACUCUGGGGAUUUGCGGGGCGGGGGGGGAGAUGAUGUAUUAAAUGCUUUGCAUUCUGCACGCUAGAGGAAAGAAGAGCAGGACAUAGACUUUCUGCCUCUCCCAUUGCCUGUUGGAACAGACAGCUGCUGUGCACAGAAUCUCUGAUCUGCGAGGAGUAUAUCGACGGAAAAGGUUCACAGUGUCACACUAUCAAUGGUUAUUUUUCUUCAACACCGUCUCAAGGGUGAUUCCAAUUUCAAAGCAACAGGAAGAUCGUACGUGGUGGUUGGUUGGGGUGUUUUUACAAUGUGCUGGUUUUUAAAGUUGCCAGAUGUUUGUGUCUUUUCUGCUGCAUUUUUUGGUUUGUGUUUUUUUUCAACGCACAAAAUAUUUGGAAGUGUGUUUGUUGCUGAAGGUGUGGCACAGCUCAGAAACAAAAGGUCGACGGCUGCCGUUUUGGGUAUAAUAUUUUACAAAGAAACCGUAGGUUCUUCUGGGUGAAGUUUAAAUUCACCCCAUCUUUCCCCCUAAUAGCCCCUUUAAAAAAAUUACAUGGUCAGAACAGCCUAGCACUGUAGUAAUAGUGAGGUUGGCUGCAGUGUCUUGCCAAAAAUGUUUGCAAUUUUUUAAUGAGACAUGAACACGCUUUUCACCAAAAUGUUUACCAGAAAUCCAGCCCAUUUUUGACUGGCGCUGGAAAAGAAAAAAAUAUGAUUUGUCACAAAAACCUUCCCAGUUUUCAGCUAGCUCUAGAGAUUUAGACCUUUUACUGCAGCUUUUUCCUGUUUCCUUAAGGGAUCCAAGCUUUGUCAGCCACGGUGAGACUAGACCUCAGCGGUACCUCGCAGUAAGUGACAGCAAGAGGAAAUAAAUGCAAGUAGCCUGUGCGAAUGGACAGAGAAAGCUGGUCUCAGACGUGUGAGGGGUUGCCAUCCAGUCCUUGCUUAGCAGGAUAGGUGCAUCAAUCCCGGCAGGGCGAGCUGGAUGUUUGUGUGUUUCCCACACCUCGUGGGGAAUCUGGCUGUGCAGUGCAGAGGAAGUGGCGUUCUGUAUGAAAACUAGAGCUGAGCUGGGAGGAGGGGCUGGGAUUCUCUUCCUGAAUGGGCUGAUCCCUGAAGGCGGCCGUCAUAACAUGUCAGAUAAGUGAGACAUUUGAGAAUUUAGGCUGGAAGUUUUAAAUGGGGGCCUAAGGGAGUUAGGCACCCAUCUAUCAUUGACCUUCAGUGGAAGCUUGGGAAUCUUAACCCCUUUAAGCCCCUUUGCAAAUGCCAGCCCAACUGGCUUGGGUUUUGCUGACAGAGCCCCUCCCCUCCCCGCCCAUGCCAGAUGUGCUGAUGUAGCGCAAAUGAUAACAACAACCAACCAGCUAGAACGGUUCCACUUCCUUCCUUCCUGUCCCACUGCCCCAUUCAUGCUCACAUGACUCUCCAAGUCAAAGUGAAAACACUUGGACAUCAAAAUGGACAGUUUGGGUUCCAGCCUUGGGCAUCCCCCACUGACAGAAAGAAAAGGAAAUGCCUGCAAAGUGCAUGGUUCAAAUAUAACCUGGCAAAGAGCCGUACAAACAUGCACUGCCAUCUGAUGAUGCCUGUUAUACUUGGCAGCCCGGGCCGGGUGAAUGUCACUGUUACAUCAGAGGGGGGAAUGUCUAAUGGGGAGGGGGGGAGCCUUGGAAAUCCUUCCUUUCGAUGUCCCGGGCAGCUGCAGCUGUUUGUCUCUGCAGCCCCUCAGCUGCCCCAUUGCUUACUUGAUACCCAAGGGAGGGUUUCAGGCAGAGGAGCAGGGGAGGGUCUCCUUGUUCAUUGUUUCCUUCCGGAUGUUUGCACCAUAGAGGGUUUUAGCCCCAGAAGUCAAAUACCUUGGGAACAGAGUGAGUCUUUCAAAGCCUUAAUUGAGUGGUAAGUCUUGAGUCAUUGGUCGCUUUUCUUCCCUGCACUUACUGCACGUCAAGUGAUGAGUGCAACUGCAGCUUCACCACCUGGAAUGUCCCCGUCGAAGCACAGAGCUUGCUGCGUUUAACAAGGACAGGCCUGGGAUUACUGAAAAAGAGAGAACCUCCAAAACCACUCGGCAAAGGUCUUCUGUUAAAUCCAGACCUCUUUAAAUAUUGCUGAGACUCUUAGUCUGUUUGGGUUCUGUGCAGCAGUGCUCAUCUUAUAUGGCUGGAUAGUCGUCAUCCUGUGGCUUCUGUGGUACCUUGCCUUUGCUAAGGGGGCAGGGAAAUAGGGACCUGGUCUUUAGGCACAUGCGCUGUCUGGAAGGAGUGACAGCCGGAUGCCCAAGGUGAGCUACCCAGGAAUGGUGGGUGGGUCUGUAGCCGCCAAGAGGUUCAAGCCACUAUAGUUCUCUUUGGGCUAAAAAGAUUUCCUGUUCUGCAGCUAGAGAAUUUCAUGCUCCAGAGCACCUCUCCCCGGAGCUAUUCGCAGAAGGAACAGCCCAGUGCCAGUUCCCCGCUCUGCCCUGCAAGGAGGUCCCCAAGUCUGACCUGCAGGGACCAGCUCUAGGGAGCGAGGUUGGUCCAUUUGGUUGUGAGUCUGCCCACAGCUGCCAGGCAGGGCAUGGUUCCUCCAGUCUGGGGUGAGGACAGAGAUCCACCGACUCGUUCCACACAGGUGGUUGCAAUCAGGACCCUUAAGCAGUACGCUGUGAGGCAUUGCUGCUUUGCCACAUGGAGCAGUUGGACAGCUCGUUUUUCAACAAUGACAAACGACUGUGCUGGGAACUCGCCCAGGCUCCUCUUCACAGGGUCAAAUGCUCAAAGAAAACCUUGUUAGUAAGAUACUGUUCCGUUCCUCUGUGUACAGUACCAGGAAAAAUUAAACCUCAGUGCACCCACGGAUCCCCACCCUGCUUCCGAAUGCAGACAGGCAGUGCCCAGAGCUCACCGGUGGUCUUGGCUAGGAUUGUUACGGGGAGGAGGCAGCAGGGUCUUUAAAAGCUCCCGAUCUCAGCUUUGCAGCUUUCUGGUUGGGCUAGAGUCUGAAUUGUUCUUGCUCCUCCUUUGUCUAGACAUCUGCAUGGCAGGUGUUGAAUGAUUUUCAUUGGAAAAAAUGUCCCCCCAAAACCACACACCCCUCUGUCAUCGCAGUCCAACCCGACUGUGCGGAUACAUCCACAGUGUGCGCCCCUGGAAGACACCAAGGGCAAACCCAAAAGCAUGUAGUGUUGCCAGAAAUAACCACAAAACCUCCAAUAGCCACGUGUGCCUAGAACUUCUCUGGGCGCUCUUUAUGUGACAGAUCCAGCAUCACUGAGUCUAAUGACAGCACCAAACCAAGCUGAAAAUGGGGUGGGUUGGUAAACGUACACAAGCUUGGAGUAGUCACAGUUCAUGGCAUCCUAGGCCAAGAUCCGCAAAGGUAUUUAGCCAUUGAUUUCAAUGGGAUUUAGGAGCCUCCAUACUUUUGAGGAUCUGGAUCAUAGGUCUUAGCUGUACUUUAAAGGAAUGUUUUCUUUUAGUAAGUGAGAAAUCAUAUUCCUAUUGAAAUUAGUGGCAAAACUUCCACUGACUUCCCUGGGGGCAGGAUCACGUCCCGAACCAUGUGCAUGAUAUUUGGCCGAUGUGGGACCAAAGAAACUCAGUGAGUAGGGUUAGACCUGAACUAGGGUUUAUCCAGGUCGGGCUGUUUUUGUUUAUCCGGUUGAUAUCAGUGACUGGAGCAGAGCUGCCACCAUGGAGUGUGAAAUGCAUUUGAUUGCAGUGCAAACUCUCUUCCUGGUGUAAAUUCAUUCAUUCAGGUCCAGUCAGUGACUCUUACAUCAAUGUUGUCAACUUUGUCAAGAAAGAAUGGAGGGUAGGCUCUCUCACUCGGUGUUCCGGAAUAGAAAUAGGUGACCCAGGAUGUUGUGAGAGUGUAUUCUGUAUUACUGAGGACUGGUGUUUUCCUUAUAGUUACAUACAGUACAUGGUAUUUCAGUGUUACAGUGCUGGGUAUGAUCCAGUCUUUUGCACAAAGCUGCUGGAACAAGCAGCUAUUGCACUUAGAGACACUAAGAUUUCAAAACUGUAACCCCACCCCAACCCUCCGCUCGGUGUUUGGUUUUCAAGGGACUGAUCCUUUUAAGAGACUUCCCCAGAGUCAUUGGCUCUGCCCAGAGCGGCGUUGGGGCAAUGGUAUCAGUCGGACAGAGGGUUGUUUUUACUUACUGGUAGUAUGCUGAGGUGUGUGGCCAGGAGCCCGUUGCUUUAGGUUUCCGGAAUGCAGUGCUAAGGACAGAUGUUGUAAAUACGCUGGUCACUUCUGAUGUUCAUCUAACAGGUUCUUCUUGCUGUUUUGAGUACAAGGGAGUGGAGUCUUCUCCAGUGUUCGUGACUACGGCCACAUGUACAUUCCACACAGGGAUUCGGGAAUGACAGUCCCUUCAAAACGAGGUACUUCCUUGUGCCCAGAUACUGUAAAUUCUGUGUGAGAGUGUGUGUCCACUCCUAGACUCUGUGUGUGUGAGUGUGUGUGUGUAUAUACAUCUCCAUAUGCAUGUGUGUGUAGGCGUGCACACACACAUGCUUUACAUGUGCCUGAAUCGAUUUAUUGGCAUAUAUCCAUGGAUGUACUAAACAUACAAGCUGAAUUUUGGUAAAUCAGGUUCACCACAAUUCAGCUAAAUUCAGACUCCAUUGACUGCAACUUCCAUAUAAGGUGAGCACCGUCUGUGUUAGCUGAAAGGAAAGACUCUUUCAUACAAAACUGUGUGCAUAAUCUCUGUCCGAUUUUGGUGACCUAUGUCUUUGUGCUACCUGCUAUGAUUUGUAUUGAUCGUGCAAUCAAAAAUGGAGGUUAUAGUAAACUAUUUAAAACGAAAGGUUUGAAGUUAGUGUAACCAACUUUCUAAUUUGUACAAACAAAACAAAAAGAUAAAAGGACAAUUUAUUGUUUGAACUGUACAAGGGGGAAAAAAAUCUCUUUUGUACAACCAAAUUGUGCAUAGCGGUUUUGAAGCGAGUUGUAUGAUAGAAUGGACUGUAUAUAGCACUGAUGUGUUGUAAAUAUUUAUGCGGCUUGCUAUAAAGGGUUGGUUUUCUUCUA